GAAGUAUUUAGUCAUAGUGAAAAAAAUGUCGGUUGAAGAUUCUUGGGUUUUCGAUUCAUUGGUUUGUUUUUUACAUGGACCAAUUUGGAAUGCACCAUUACAAACCUUUAUCGAAGAAAAAUCAUUAGUAUUUGAUCCGAAUUUGCAACCUGAUGAGGACAACGCUGAUAUUAAAAAGAUACAUGAUGAGUAUAAAAAUUUGGUGGAUUAUAUGUUGGGGAGUUUUAUGGAAGAGAUGCAAAUAACGCCUGAACAAUUUGAACUGGCUUGCAUGGAGGGGCGUAACCAACAAGCAGAUAAUCCAUUUCAAUUGCAUCAGGGGUUAUUUCAUCAGAUUUGGGCUGCAAAUGAUAUAAAAAUAUUUAUACGCAUGAUGACACAACGUAAUGUUGAAUUACAACUACAAGCUCUUGAUUUGAUUGAAAAAAAUCAAUUGGCACUUUUGCAAGAUAACGAAUUUGUGGAUAAUUUAAGUCCCACAGAUAGCGCUCAUUCUCAUAGUGAUAAAUAUUCUGAUGUUGAAGACUUUAUUGUUAAGUCGGUCGAAAAGGAAAUGGAAUCACCAGAGGCAGCUUUAACACCAGAAACCGAUAUAACACAGGACGAUGUUAGUGAUAAAUUUGAAAGACUCAAUUUAUUUUUUGAGAAAAAUGAUAAGGUUAAUCCAGAUGAUAUGUUAUCGCGUCAGGAAUAUUUACGUCAGCAGCGUGAUAAGAUUGUGGAGAUCAAAAAGAAGACAAGAGCUAAACAGUUAAUGGAAACAACACGUAAAACAACAACCACGUCAACAGGACGUCCAACUUCUGCACAGGCGGCACAGAAACUUUUGGCAAGUGGUGGACAUACUGAAGAAUUAUUAGAAAAAAAUGGAGACACGGAUUUAACUUCCGCUUUGCAGUUGCGCAAGACUUUGGCUAAGCGUUUACGUGCCGAAGUUGUAGAACAGCAGUAAAGGUUAUAUAUAAAUAAUAUUUGAAAAAUAUAUGAAGUAUACUUAAU